UCUGGAUGGUCACACACAGAACACCUAAAAAUGGACCAAGAAAACAGUGAUGCUUCACCCAAACCCUCUGGUGUGGAUAUAUCCAACAUUUCAGUUCAGGUGGUCAGUGCCCAAGGGAAGCUACCAGGGAGGCGACCACCGCGAAGGCCCAUCAGCAAAGUCAGACCCAAGAAACAACCCAAGAAGAAAACUCCUUUUUGGAAUGUCCAAAACAAAAUCAUUCUCUUCACGGUAUUUUUAUUUGUCCUAGCAGUCAUCGCCUGGACACUUCUGUGGCUCUACAUCAGUAAGACAGAAAGCAGAGAUGCCUUUUACUUUGUUGGAAUGUUCCGCAUCACCAACAUUGAGUUUCUUCCUGAACACCAACAGAAGGAGUCCAGGGAAUUCCUGUCAGUGGCCCGGACUGUGCAGCACGUGGUAAACUUGGUUUACACAACUUCUGCCUUCUCCAAAUUUUACAAGCAGUCUGUGGUUGCAGAUGUGAGCAGCAACAACAAAGGUGGACUUCUUAUCCACUUUUGGAUUGUCUUUGUCAUGCCACAUGCCAAGGGCCAUAUCUUCUGUGAGGACUGCGUGGCUGCCAUCUUGAAGGACUCCAUCCAGACAAGUAUCAUAAACCGGACCUCUGUGGGGAGUUUGCAGGGCCUGGCUGUGGAUAUGGACUCUGUGGUACUAAAUGCUGGACUUCGGUCAGACUAUUCUUCAACCAUAGGACCUGACAGAGGUUGUUCUCAGCACUUCUCUGCUGAUCAGCCUUCUCUCCGCUACCCUCUGGAGGUCUCUGCAACCUCAGGGAGGCUGAUGUGUCACUUCAAGCUGGUGGCCGUCGUGGGCUAUCUGAUCCGUCUCUCCAUUGAGUCCAUCCAGAUGGAAGCUGACAACUGUGUCACUGACUCCUUGACCAUUUACGAUUCCCUCUUGCCCAUCCGGAGCACUGUCUUAUAUAGAAUUUGUGAACCCACCAGAACAUUGAUGUCAUUUGUUUCCACCAAUAAUCUCAUGUUGGUGACAUUGAAGUCUCCGCAGAUAUGGAGACUCUCAGGAAUCCGGGCAUAUUUUGAAGUCAUCCCAGAACAAAAGUGUGAAAACACAGUGUUGGUCAAAGAAAUUACUGGCUUUGAGGGAAAAAUUUCAAGCCCAUAUUACCCAAGCUACUACCCUCCAAAGUGCAAGUGUACCUGGAAAUUUCAGACUCCCCUGUCAACUUUUGGUGUGGCACUAAAAUUCCAUAAUUAUUCAAUAACCAAGAAGAGUGUGAAAGGCUGUGACCAUGGAUGGUGGGAAAUUAAUGAACACAUGUACUGCGGCUCCUACAUGGAUCACCAGACGAUUUUCCGAGUGCCCAGCCCUGUGGUCCACAUUCAGUUUCAGUGCAGCUCAAAGCUUUCAGACAAACCACUUCUGGUGGAAUACGGCAGUUACAACAUCAGCCAACCCUGUCCCGUCGGAACCUUCAGAUGCAACUCUGGCUUGUGCGUCCCUCAAGCCCAACGGUGUGAUGGAGCAAAUGACUGUUUUGAUGAAAGUGAUGAACUUUUCUGUGUGACCCAUAAACCUGCCUGCAAUGCCAGCAACUUCAGACAGCAUAGCCCUCUGGUCUGUGACGGCUUCCGGGAUUGUGAGGAUGGCAGGGAUGAGCAGAACUGCACCGAGAGCAUUCCCUGCAACAACAGAACUUUUAAGUGUGGCAAUGAGAUUUGCUUCAGGAAGCAAAAUGCACAGUGUGACGGGAUUGUGGACUGUUCAGAUGGAAGUGAUGAAGAAGACUGCAGCUGCAGCGGGAGUUCCUCCACCCUCCACCGCAUUGUUGGGGGCACAGACACCCAGGAGGGGGGGUGGCCAUGGCAAGCCAGCCUCCACUUUGUGGGAUCUGCCUACUGUGGAGCUUCGGUCAUCUCCAGGGAGUGGCUUCUCUCCGCAGCCCACUGUUUCCAUGGAAACAGGCUGUCAGACCCCACUCCGUGGACUGCUCACCUUGGGAUGUAUGUGCAGGGCUAUUCCAAGUUCGUCUCCCCAUUGAGAAGGAUUGUUGUCCAUGAGUACUAUAACAGCCAGACCUUUGACUAUGACAUUGCCUUGCUACAGCUCAGUGUCGCCUGGCCUGAGACUCUGAAACAGCUCAUUCGGCCAAUAUGCAUUCCUCCUGCUGGCCAGAAAGUGCACAGUGGGGAGAAGUGCUGGGUGACCGGCUGGGGGCGAAGGCACGAAGCAGAUAACAAAGGCUCUCCUGUUCUGCAGCAGGCAGAGGUGGAGCUCAUGGACCAAACACUGUGUGUGUCCACCUAUGGCAUCAUCACUUCGAGGAUGCUCUGUGCAGGGGUCAUGUCAGGCCAGAGGGACGCGUGCAGAGGAGAUUCUGGUGGACCUUUAUCUUGUCGAAGAAAAAGUGAUGGAAGAUGGAUUUUGACUGGUAUUGUUAGCUGGGGACAUGGAUGUGGAAGACCACACUUUCCUGGUGUUUACACAAGGGUGUCAAACUUUGUUCCCUGGAUCCAUAAAUACGUCCCUUCUCUCUUGUGAUCAUGCAAGUUGGACUUUUGAUUAUAUUUUAUCUGUUAGAGACUUUUUAAAAGAA